CACGCGGCUGUCAACGCAAACAGCCCCGAGGCGCGACAAUGGCGUAGGGAGCUCCUCGAUAUGUCCCGGAGACUGACCAACGCGUUGCAGAAUGAGGGCCAAAUUGUGGAGGGGUAUCUCUACGGUACGAUUGAUGUCCUGCUGUUCAAGAUCGGUGCGGACCUGGGUGUGUUCCAGAAACUGACUAGCGCCGAAAAGCCGGUGACCUUGCACGAGCUGGCUUCUUCCACAGGCGCGAACGAAGUCCUCCUCGCCCGCAUCAUGCGAGGACUGACAUCUAUUGGUGGCGUGGAUGAGGCCGGCAUCGAGAUCUACGCUCCGAACAAGGUCACCCGUGCUUUUGCAACAGUCAAGGGCCAAUCUGGGAUUGAUCUCUUCCACAAUGUAAUCCACGCAGGUUGGAUGACGUUCCCCAAGUUCCUCAAGGAGACGGGGUACCAGAACCCGACGGACCCGAACGAGAUGCCUUUCAACAAGCAAUUCAACGGCGAGGCGUACUUUGACUGGCUGGGCAAGCAACCCGAGCUACUGCACUCGUUCCACCAGUUCAUGACGACGCAACGCGUCGGACAUCCACAAUGGCUAGACUUUUACCCCAUCGAGCAGGAGCUGGUUCCCGGCUUUGACGCCAGCGACCCUGAUGCAGUCUUCCUUGUCGACGUGGGUGGUAGUGUUGGCCACGAGAUUCAGGCUGUAAAGAAGCGGUACCCAAAUAUCCCCGGCCGGCUGAUCGUAGAGGAUCUCAAGGCGACUAUUGAUCGUGUGGUUCCCGAGAACGGAAUGGAGGCUAUUGCUCAUGAUUUCUUUACUCCCCAGCCCAUCAGGGGAGCCCGCGCAUAUUACUUCCGCAGCGUCCUCCACGACUGGGACGACGACCGCUGCCGCGUGAUCCUAGGACACAUCCGCGACGCCAUGAAGCCUGGGUACUCCAAGAUCCUGAUCAACGAAUUCAACAUUCCUCUCAAGGGCGCGUGUACGUUUGCGACGCACUCAGACUUCAUGGUCAUGUCUGUCAAUGCCGCUGUCGAGCGCACCGAGCGCCAGUGGUACAAUCUCAUCGAGUCGGCCGGUUUAAGGAUUGACAAGAUCUGGACGCUGGAGCCGGAUGCGGAGAGUCUUCUUGAGGUUACUAUCCAGGAGUAGGAGGUUGGGUGGGCCAAGUAUGAGGUGGUUCAACUCCUAAGUUGCAAUUAUGAGAAGUGCGGCUUGUCUGCCAUUCGCCGAGCCGUAGUACCAGCGCUCGGCCAAUGGACGCUGUCUUUGACAGAGUAGCGGAGAAUCAAUGAAUGAGCACAAUCUUAGCUCCAUGGUACUUUUCUUA